CCUCCUCUGUACCAAACCUGUGCUUCUUCUCCCUUUGACCCUUUGAAGGAACAGCAGACCGGGUGGAUGUUACAGUGCAGUUUAUUAAUAACGUACAGUAGGAACUUCAGCCUGUUUGUGUGACACUGAAGUGCAUUCUAAGACUUAUUAAAAUUAUCUGUAAUGUCGGACAAGGUGUGAUUUUAACAGACGAACAUGCAAGUCACCCACCUGAGCAGGGAAAAGUAUCUGAAUCUGUUGUUGUUGGGACGUGUGCCAACGCUGUUAGGGUUGUUUUGUUCAUAGCGCGCUGUUGAACAGGUCCCCGUUAUAAUCCUAAUGGGCAGCGGGGCUUUGAAUUUUUACGAGGUUUCUGGGUUUUUUUUACGAGCUUUUUAUUGAGAUGAUAAACAGGCGAGGAGAGACGAUUUUCGCCCCGUCACACCAGCCGCUCUGAAACGGGAUCCUGGAGCAGCACCGGCGCUCGGGUUACAUCUGCGCACCGCACAUUUAACAUUCAUUCAAAGUGCAGGCCAAACGGGGCCCAGAAGCAGCAGCAGGACAGGAUGUCAUUUCACGCACAGAUAAUUAACUCUUUGACGGCGGGCGGCUCAGGUGGAGGUGAGAUGAAGACUCUCCCCCCCCAGCAGCACACAGCGGCGUGUCAGAGACGUUUCAGGGAAAGACGGGGGGAGCCCGAGUCCUGAGAGUGUUGCUAGCGGCUUUAGCGCCUCGCUGGCUUUGCUCUCACCACUCAUGAAUAUCUCACGGUUGGCACGGUCGGCUGUGGAAAUGAAAAUGAUUCACGAACGAAGUCUCGGCCGGCUUCUGUCUUUACUGAGUUUCUUCUUGGCUAUUCAUUUGGGAUCCACCUCGACGAGGCCUCCUGACCCAGCUGACAAUCCCCACAACAUCACAGGUCUCACAAGUGCAACCACGCCUGCUUCCAAACCCAACUGGAAAGGUACCACGGCAACCGCAGUUAUCCAUAGGCCCAACCAAAGCACGUCUGCCACCACCACCACAAUGUCUCUGGACUCUGAACAGAACGGUGUCUCCCACAAUCACACCCAGAACGAAACGGUCUCCAAAUGGAACACCACAAUCGCCACAACAGGUUCCACACACAUCAGUGCCGGCACCACUUCUUCAAACUCCACUGAGGACACGGAGGUGCCAGUGGACUCCGAGCUCUCACUGGGUCUCACCACCUCGUCUCCGGUUACUAAAGCGACUACAGCCACGACUCCUCCGGUCAACGCUGCUUCAUCGUCUGUGGCUACAGUCAAGGCCACUAAUCCUCCACCUAUGACUCCCACAACUCAAAGAGCCAGAGUGCCAGGAAUGGUUUCUCCUCCUAACAACCCUGUAUUAGCAUCUACACCUGAGUCCACCACUCUGGGUGAACCUUUCAACCUGAAGCAUUCGAAAAAGACCAUGACCAUAAUCUUCAGUUCUUUAGUGGGAGUCGCAGCUCUUGUGAUACUCUUGUACACCCUGGACAGAUGCAAGCAGAAGAAGACCCAAUACCUACACCGACCCCUCUACAACAACUCAGAGGAAACAGUGGAAAGAUUUGUGCCUGCAGACGACACGCUGGUCAUCUCUGGAGGCCUCUACGAUGGACCUCGGGUCUACAACCCCACUAUGACAACAGCCAAUGAGGACGAAGACUUCCACUGUGACCAGCCUCCAUUUCCCUCCAGAUCCACACAGUUCCAGCUGAAGCUACUGAAGGAGGAGGGAGAGAGGCCGCCAUCUUAUGAGGCCUCUACCUGUCAAUCAUCUCCGCGAAUGGACCAAGAUGCGUAGACCGUUAAACCAAACCCUCCUUCUGCAGGAUGAGGUACCCAUGCUGACGAAGAGGACCACAACCACCUGGAUACGGGUUUCUUUUGAACGGCCCAGACUGAACAGAAAAGCUCUACCGUAGAAACAGACGUGAAGAGAACGUUUCAGUUGUACGCUUGUCUUGAAAGUGAAACUGGUUUCUUCUCUGGCAGUUAUAAAAUCUAGUUUUUUAUGUAACUUGCCAUAAAACUAACUAUAAGAAGGGGAGUAGAGGGAUUAUAUGGAAUCACAUUUAAUCUCACCAUGUCGUAAGGGUCAGUAUUAAAUGCUCAAAUGCGGAUAGAAAUGGAAAUGGCUGAUAAUGUGAAUACAGUGGGGCAGAGCAGAGAAAUCUAGAGUGCGGUGCUGUAACUGUGACAAUAAACACUUCCGUCUGCAGGAGAGUUUCACCAGUGAGUCAUUUGGCUCUGAGCUGUCGGAUUUGGGGUCCAGCUCCAAGGUGCUUCUCCCCAACAGCACAGAUUUCCCAGGGGAGGGGGGCGUGCGUAUUCUGUAGGACUGAAUCAUAAGACUGCACUCACACCCUGCAAACACAGCUCUUAUCAUAGCGGACAUGCAAAGCAAUCAUAAAGUAACAGCUACAUUAUAACCACUUAUAGUUACACCUUACAAUAAAUCAGCUGUAAAGUAAAUUAUGAUAUUUCACCAAGAUUCCCCUUUUACCAAACAGGCUUAUAUGUACAUAGUUAACUAGUAUUAAUUCAAAAGAUGGAUAUUUGCUGAAACCACUAACUUUAGUUACUCAAGGUUUUAUAUUUUAAACUGAAAUGGACUGGAUUGCACUCUCAUUUCAUUCCUUUGGUUUUAAAAAACAGAGCGAUAGAGUUCAGUAACUAGAGUCAGGAAAGAUCUGCACUCAAUAUCAGCUAAAAAAAGAUAAGGCAAAAGAUUUCAGCAUACUGCCUUCAGUGAUAUUCAAUAUGCUUAGACAUUAGAAUCUUUUAGCCUCAGCUGAACCAAAAACUUUGUGAGUGUGGAUCAUUCCUGAAUGAGGUUACUGAACUCUUGAGGUCUGCAACCCUCUGUUUUCCAGCCAAAGGGCAGAACUAAACACACAGUCCAUUUCUGUUUAAAAUGUAUGUUACUAUUUUGGCUUUGCUGCCAUGAGUUAAGCACUCACUAAUUGCCUGAUUGGUCUCUAAUUAGCGUGUACACCUGUGCUAUUGCUGUAGCGUCAGGUACAUAGCACUGCACUCAGCAUCCAGCACAGUUGUGCUGAUGAAGGCAAUAAGCUGACACGUUUGAAUGUGUCCUGAACGAAGCUCCUGAGCUCUUUACAUCUGUGCACCUGCAUUUUUGACCAAACGUGCUGAGUGAGAGCGCUGUCUAUUCCUGAUUAAAAUUUAUAUUUCUUUUUGGACUCGCUCCCAAGAGUUAAGCACUGGUUAAUGGACUGCAAUUAGCACACAAAGCCAUUCUGCUGAUUAAGACAAUCUGCUCAAAUGUUUGUAUCUCUCAGAAUCAGUGUGCCUAAAAACACUGAGUGUGGAUCUUUCCUGAAUGUACUUACUGAACUCUUUAGAUCUAUAUUUUUAACACUAAAGGCUCAUAGAGUGCAGUACAUUUUGAAAUGUAUAUUACACUGGAAUUGCUGCCACACGCUAAGCACUUGUUAAUGGCCUAAUUGAGGCUCUGAUUGGUCUGGUUGGUAGUUACUCUAAUUGGCCUGCACACCUGUGAAGUUGGGUAUAAAAGGCUGCUUCAGCAUACAGCACCAGUUCAUGAAUGGGGGUAGUAAGCUGUAGUGUUUUAAUGGCAGUGCAUGCAGAUCAUUCCUGAAUGUAACUGCUCCAGGGCUGAAGAAGUUGAUUUUAAUAGGAGAUUUUAAAAAUGCUGUAAGUGCACUUUAAUACCAGGGCUCUCCUACUCCACUGACAGCAAAAUUGAGCUGCAGAAUGUAGAGAGCAAGGGCAUAAAGUUUGAUUCAUUUUUUUUUUUUACUUUGGAGCUUGACAUGUCAAUCAUCCAAAUCCCUUCAAACCACUGGUUAUUCAUUUGGAACUUUUGUCAGAAGGCAGGACUUUCCAAGUGUCUGGGGCAAAAUGUAUACUUGCCUACCCGUCAGAAUUGUGGCUGUUUGGAUUUGAGGAGUUUAAGAGUUGUUUGUAUACUUGACUGUACCAUCAAGUAUAAAUAAUACUACUCUACUGUGGUCAUGUGCUUUCAGUA